CUGUAACACACUUUCACCAUGGCUGUCACAGCACAGACGUUGUAGCUCUGUAGACUUGUCUCUUUUGUAUUUCAGCUGAAGUGCUGUGUGUUAGCAGCUAUUUUGUACACUUUCAGUAAGCUGUCUUGCCAUUGAGGGAGAGCAGGAGGCAGUGGUUGCAGCCAUUGUUUUGCCACCAAUGAGAGAAUAUGCAAUGUGAUGUCAGAUAAGCGUCAGCGAGCCAGAGUCCAGGGCUCUUGGGCCAAACAACUGCCAAAACACUUAGGACCAGCAGGUGCAGUCUCAAACAACCAACCACCCAAAAAUGUCAACCAAGGCCCUAGCUCAUGGGGAUGUGGGCCACAGAAAGCACCUAACACAUUUGAGUUUCAGCCCACCAAGCCAGUUAGAGAUGUUCCACCAGAGAAGGUGAUAGAACAAGCAGGUGAUCAUGAGAUCAGCCAUGGACCAUCAGGAGUGUCCAGACUGCGGCUGCUGCCUGGGUUUCUUCCCCCAGAGCAGGCGGACUGGAUGUUCAGUAAGCUGUUAGCAGAGCUUCCCUGGUCCCAGAAGACCAACUACAGACAGGGUGAGGCGUACGAUGAGCCCAGGCUGACUUGCUGGUACGGAGAGUUGCCCUACACGUAUGCUCGCUCCACCAUGGCUGCUAACACACAGUGGCAUCCAUUGCUGUUAACCCUUCGUGAAGCAGUGGAGCAGGCGAGCGGCUGCAGCUUCAACUCACUGCUGUGUAACCUGUAUCGGGAUGGCCAUGACAGCAUCGGCUGGCACAGUGACGACGAGGCCUCUUUGGGUAACAAGCCCACAAUCGCCUCCCUCAGUCUGGGUGACACCAGAGUGUUCAGCCUCCGCAAGCAGCCUCCACCGGAGGAGAAUGGUGACUUCACUUACGUGGAGCGGAUUCGGGUUCCUCUGGGUCACGGGACACUUCUGCUGAUGGACGGAGCUACACAAGAUGAUUGGCAGCAUCAAGUGGCUAAAGAGUACCAUGACAGAGGCCCACGCAUCAACUUGACCUUCAGAAAUAUCUACUCAGAGCCGGAGGGCCACAGACCAGGAACCAAGCUGCGAUUUACAUCCAAGCAACCGUAAACUCCCCUCAGUGUCAGGUACCUAAAUCUGAGGAAACAGUGUGUUCAAAUACUGAGCCACACAGUGUUAGAUCUGAUGGCUGGAGCGCAAGCAAUGGAGAGAUUUCAUCCUCCUUCUCAGUGAGCUCGUGAGCAAUUUUUGAAACAAGUCUUGCAAACACAUUACUGAGUUACAGUAUGAAUAAUAGCUUUCUCCAACACUUAGGGAGAUUUUCAAGUCUGCCUGAAUUCACCUGUUCGGUAAUUGAACCAUAAUAACACUGCAGUCGUGACCAGUGGUGAUUAUCAGAUAUCAGUGUUUUCAGAGAAGCUAAACAGAAGAAUGAGUAACAAUGAGGAUUUAAAGGCUGGAUAUAAUGUCAGCUCUGCAUAUUAUUUUGACUUUAUUUAUUUAUUUAGCACAGACCGUUUCUGUUUGUUUGUCGGUACUUUGAUAAAAUCUCUCGUUCAUAUGCUAAAAAUUCAUUUCGACCCAAAUGACUUGUCAUGAAAAGUGUCUCUGUGAUAGACCCAGUGACUGUACAGCGAGUCACUGUCGAUGUGACUUUUGGUGAAAUGCCUUAAAAUGUAAACGGUUUCCUGCCUUGUUUUUCUUGGAGAGCUUUUUUGGAGAGUUGCUAUUAAAAGGGAAGGAACAAGUAAAGUGGCCACUUAGGCCAAUUACAUCUCCAUCAGGACUGGAAUUAGUUAAUUGUGCUGUUGAACAAGAUUCGUCUGAUCAGUCUCUCAAAGAAGUCGUUCAGGUUUUUUAAAACCUCUAAUAUAUCCUCAACCAGAGUCGUUACAGUUCAUCUUAGACGUGCUCACGCAAGUCUCUUUGGAUAGAAAAUGCACAAGUCAAUGUAGUAGCAGCUGAAUAACAACUUACACUGUGUAUUUAAAGUGUACUUGAGGACAGGAAACUGUACAAACACCAGCCAAACAACGCAAAUUACUUGCAUACACAUUUUAAUUUUCAAGUUCUUUUUGAAAUGUUUUGUUGAUUGUUUACACUAAAAUUUGGUGUUGAUGUAAAGACAUCACAAUGCAAUAUUAUAUUAUAUAUAUAUUAUAAAAUAAUAACUUUAUGGUUUCUAAAUAUGACUCCUGGGAAAGUUCCAUGUAGAUUCCAUUUAAACACAAAGUUAGUAAUAUUGCAACAAGAGUCACAGUUUUGGCACUGUGCCUGAUCACCGGAGCUUCUUUUCUGGGAAACAACUUUGGGUCCUGUUCCAACAUGACAAUUAAGGAAAGUCUAAGUGUCUAAAGGACGUGUAUACAUUACUUUAACCACCUACAUGAUGGGAUAGUAUGUUUACUUUGUUACACUAAAGAGAUACAAGAGGUGUUCUUGAUUGCCGUGGUUGUGAAAUAAACACUUAAUUUGCUGAAUUCUCUUCUGUUGUGUCAUAUGUUCCAUAAAACAUUUUUUUGUCAACUAAGCAAAACAAACUUUAUUUAAUACAUAAAUGGAAUUUAAACCCUUUAUUUUUAGAAGCUUUAAGACUCUAAAUUGGGCACGCUGACAGCAAGUUUAAACAAAAUAUCACCUUGUGAUGGGAAGUUUGUCAUGAAAAUAAACUGUGGUCUGUGCACAAUGUUUGCAAAAUACAGAGAGGAAUGAAAGGUUCUGUCCAGGAUCUCUGAGACAAGAAAAGUUAUGCAACCAUUGUUGUAACUACACCCAAAAGAUGUGAUAAGGCUGUUUGUUGGAAAACAAGUCUUGAUCAGUUCAUAUUGUGGGUAUAUUAAAUCGUGUUACAGGGCAGUCGGUAAGUAUUAGGAUAUUUGCUAAAGCCCCUUUCCCACUGCACAAAAAAGCACUAACACUUGCUAACAUCUGGCUUUUUAAUGCAGUGGGAAAGGUUUUAAUCGGCAUUCACACACAGGUCAAAUAACACUGCAGUAGUCAUGGGUAUUUAUCACCUCUGGCUCUGAUUGGCAUUGAUGGGAACACAAACCUGGGUGAAUGUGCUAAUUUUAUCUCCUUUACCACAAAACACCGUCCAUAUCCGCCCAAGCAGCGCUCACACACUCCGUACACUGCAACUAACUGCACCCCCUGAAGAAAUAUUAUCAUAUUUUUGGGAAAAUGAAAGAGUGAUUCCAGAGAGAAGCAGACAGAGGGGUCUACAGUCUGUGUUUGAAGGAUAUAUCCAGGAUGUCAAACUGACUCAGCAGCAACAACAGGUUAAAAAGACAAAGAUAGUUAGAAGCUAAAGCCGAACUAUAGGCUACAGAUCACAGUGUAAAAGUGAACCACCACAUCA